GAUUACUUCACGAUUCAAAAAUGGCGUCUUUGUGAGUUGUCCUUUUCGCACCUAAAAAUUAAGAAUUUUAUCUAUCAAAACAAAACCAGAAUUUCUCUCAAGAAAACCCUAUGUCGUCGCGUGUUGUUUUAUAGUGUAAACUUAAACAUAUUUAACUGAAAUAAGUGUUUAUUUAGGUGUAAUAAUGUCGUACGUUGGGCGAGGCGUUUUUAUUAUUUGCCCGCGAUUUAGUAUUUACUUGCAUUUCCUUUAAAGUUUUGCUCUAAUUUAUAGGGUUUUGUGUGUUCCGUGCGCGUUUUAGUGCAACUGUGUGUGGUAAUUAGUAAAAAUGGACAAGAAAAACAAGAAAAAAACUGUUAUCAAACGUAAAAGUGAUGAAAACGCUGAGGGGGAGAAAAGGAGUCAAAAAAUGGUGAACCGGGGGAAGAUAGAUGAAGAAAAAGAAAAGGUGGAAGUGGAAGUCAACCAGGUGGUGGAGGUCCCUGUGGAGCAAGGGCAACAGAUAGUCCACACAGGGCAGCUGGUUGAAGGGAACUUUGAGCAGCCUGUAUUUGUCAACAUGAAAGGAGAGCCAGUACAGCUAGGUCCCAACACUGUGAUACUCUAUGAACAGAGUGGCAAUCCUUCAAACUUUGCGUUUGGAGGUAUGUGGACCAUGGACUCCUCAGGCAGGAUUGUGAUGGCGGAGACUAUUUACGAUGUCAAAGGAGAGCCAGAGGAAGAGGGUGGUACCUUUGUACAGAACACUACUGAAGUCAAUAAUCAACAGGUUGAAGAGUCCAGCACCACAUACCAGCAGUAUGAGCUGAGUAAUAAUGCACAAGUGGACGGACAGGAGUAUGAGGUGGCCAUUAUAGAGAACCCUGGUGAUGCAGAAAGGAGUGAAAUGCAAGUGAUUACAACAGAAGCGCAGCUAGUGGCCACAGGUCAAGGUGCAGUGCGCUGGCUCAACCAGAAGUACGACUUUGUGGUCAGGAAACUGCAGCUUAACUAUGAUGCUGGUGUGAAACUCCUGCACUCUCCGUCGGGCAACAUCCAGUGCGUGUACUUCACAACGCCCAGUAUGCAGCUAGCAUUCAACGCUGUGCCACAGUUCCUCUGCAUUGAAACUGGCAUAGAGUUCAACGGCACUGUCCCAACAGCGGGUGGUAAUACCAGCGUCAAAUACAACGUUACCCUGUUCCUGGCUGAAGAUGGCAACGGAAAAUCUGUUAUAGUUAGUGCAGGUAUAUCAACGCUCAUCGGUGAAGACCUAACGUGGCUGUUGGAAACGUUCAAAUCUUGCAACCCCGCGUGGAGACAGGUGCGAUGCGUCGUUAGCGAUCCCACGAAGAGUCGGCAGGAAGUGUGCCAAGCGUUUCCUUCAUCACACGUGUCGUGCUCCGUGUGGCAAGCGGCGCGCACGGCCGGCAAGCUGGCGUCCGAGGGCGCGCGCAGGGAGAACGACAGUUCUGGUCAUCCUCCCCUGGCGGUGCUGGCUCCGGACGAUGUGGCGGCGCGGUGUAAGACCUAUGCGCUGGCGCUGCUGCGGGGCGACCACACGCCUGCGCAGCUGCAGGUUCUAAAGCGUGGUAUAAUCGGUACGGGUGCAGGCACGCUCCGCCUGUGGGAAGUGUUGACGCGUGCCAACGGCGCCAUCGCCAAACUCGACACGUGGCUGGAGCCCGACAACUACACUAAUAUACUACACAAGGGUCUGGAGCGGUUGGUGUCAAAAUUCCAAGGUCUCAUCCGAAGUCAGAUGCAGCCGGACGAGUUCGUCUCGCUGUUCUUCAACGUGGCCAAUCAGCUAGAGGACGAACGUAGAAGUUUCGCCAUCAGCAGAUUGAGGGAUACGGAGACGCUGAAGCAGUCGCCCACGGAUACAAUAACGCAGUAUGCAUAUAACCUGAUGAGUCAUCAGACCAAACUGGCGCAGAAGUGUUUGGACGACCGCGCUGGCAGGAGGCAUAGCAGUGCAGCAAUCUGUAAAUACGGCACGUCAACGCAGGAAUGCUCCUGCCUGUUCAGCAAAGUGUUCCGACUACCCUGCAGGCAUAUACUGAUGCUCACCACUGAACUAAAGGUAAAGACACACAUACCGUUCGAGCCCCGUUGGACGGUGCAACACUGUUUGUUUGGUUGCGAAAACGCCAACAACAACGCUUCGGGGAAUAACAAUACUGCGGGUGGCGGUAACUACAUGGAGCAGGUGGUGGUGGAGUCGGAAGGCCACCGACAGACCAUCCAACAGCAGCCCCAGCAGAUCCACCAGGUAGGCGGAGUGAGGCAACAGCAAUACGUGCUGGCCACGCCGGGACAGCCCGCGACGCCCGUGUCGCAAGUAAUAUUCUGCGGUGGUGGAGUGGGGGGUGUGGGAGGUGUGGGCGGAGUGGGCGGUGCGGCGCCCGUCAUCACAUCGGUUCUACCCCCCGGGGGAGCUGUACUCACACCCCAUCACACGCUACACCACUAACUGUCUAGUGAUCACCAUACAAGAAAGUGUUUUAAUACAAAAGUCGGUUAAAAACCUUUGGUCAUUAAAGUAUAAGAUAUCCGUCUUUAAGGUGCAUGAGACGGGUCUGCCCGCGAAAUUCAUAUUUAAAUUGGUGUUUAUCGCAAUUUGUAAACUAAUACGACAAAGUAGGCUUAUGGCACUUUAAUUGCGCCAAUGGCAGUAUCAU